AUGGAAGGGGCGCUGACUGCCAGGGACAAGGUUGGGGUGCAGGAUUUUGUGCUCCUGGACGCCUACACCAGCGAAUCUGCCUUCGUGGAAAACCUUCGCAAGCGCUUCAGCGAGAACCUCAUAUACACAUACAUCGGGACCCUGCUGGUGUCUGUGAACCCAUACCAGGACCUCGGCAUCUACACCGUGAGCCAGAUGGAGCUCUACCAAGGAGUCAAUUUCUUUGAGCUGCCACCACAUGUGUACGCCAUCGCCGACAACGCCUACCGCAUGAUGUGCUCGGAGCUCAGUAACCACUUCAUCCUUAUUUCUGGAGAGAGUGGGGCCGGGAAAACAGAAGCCUCCAAGAAGAUCCUUCAGUAUUUUGCAGUGAUGUGCCCCAUGACCGAGUCCCUGCAGGUAGCCCGCGACCGGCUCCUGCUUUCCAACCCCGUGCUAGAGGCUUUCGGAAAUGCCAAGACACUCCGCAAUGACAACUCCAGCCGGUUUGGAAAAUACAUGGACAUCCAGUUUGACUUUCAGGGUGUUCCUGUAGGCGGCCACAUCAUCAGUUACCUGAUAGAGAAGUCUCGUGUUGUGUAUCAAAACCUGGGGGAGCGGAACUUCCACAUCUUCUACCAGCUGCUGGCAGGUGGUGAAGCGGAGCGUCUGGCUUACCUGGGGCUCGAGCGAGACCCCCAGCUGUACAAGUACCUCUCACAGGGUCGUUGUGCCAAAGAGUCAUCUAUUAAUGACAAGAAUGACUGGGCCACUGUUUCCAAUGCCUUUUCUGUCAUUGACUUCACUGAAGCUGACCUUGAGAAUCUCUUUGGGAUCCUUGCCAGCGUUCUGCACCUGGGCAACGUUUGUUUUGAAGAAGACGCCCAGGGCUGUGCCGCCAUCCCAGACACACAUGAGAUCAAGUGGAUUGCCAAGCUCCUGGGCGUCUACCCAUCAGUCCUUCUGGAAGCUCUCACCCACAGAAAGAUUGAAGCCAAAACAGAGGAGGUGAUCUGCCCCCUGACCCUGGAGCUCUCUAUCUAUGCCAGAGACGCGAUGGCGAAGGCUGUCUAUGGACGGACAUUUACAUGGCUGGUCAACAAGAUUAAUUCCUCCUUAGUAAACAAGGAUUUCACCAGGAAAACCGUGAUCGGCUUGUUGGAUAUCUAUGGGUUUGAAGUCUUCGAUAAGAAUGGCUUUGAACAGUUCUGCAUCAAUUACUGCAAUGAGAAGCUCCAGCAGCUGUUAAUAGAGAGAACGCUGAAAGCGGAGCAGGCGGAGUAUGAGGCAGAAGGCAUCGAGUGGGAGCCGAUCCAGUACUUCAACAACAAGAUCAUCUGUGACUUGGUAGAAGAGAGACACAAAGGAAUCAUAUCCAUUCUGGAUGAGGAAUGCAUUCGCCCUGGUCAUGCUACAGACUUGAGUUUCCUGGAGAAGUUGGAGGAGAAAGUGGGCAAGCACGCACACUUCCAAACCCGGAAGCUGGCCGGUCCCAAGGGCCGCAAGAGGAUUGGUUGGAUGGAGUUCCGGCUCCUGCACUACGCAGGGGAGGUCACGUACUGUACCAAGGGAUUCCUGGAAAAAAACAACGACCUCCUCUACAGACAUCUGAAAGAAGUGCUGUGCAGGUCUAAGAACAGCAUCCUCAAGGAAUGCUUCCUGGCGGCCGAGCUGGAGAAUCGCCGGAGGCCACCCACGGUGGGGACGCAGUUUAAGAACAGCUUGAGCAGCCUCCUGGAAAUUCUUAUCUCAAAGGAGCCCUCAUAUAUCCGCUGCAUCAAGCCCAACGAGAGGAAAGAACCUAGCAAGUUUGAUGAUCUUCUCAUAAGACAUCAGAUCAAAUACCUGGGCCUCAUGGAGCACCUGCGGGUGAGGCGGGCCGGCUUCGCGUACCGUCGCAAGUACGAGCACUUCUUGCAAAGGUACAAGUCCCUGUGCCCAGACACCUGGCCGCACUGGCACGGGCCUCCGGCAGAAGGCGUAGAACGCCUGAUCAAGUACAUCGGCUACAAACCCGAGGAGUACAAGUUAGGGAGAACCAAAAUAUUUAUUCGGUUUCCCAGAACUCUGUUUGCUACUGAAGACGCCUUUGAAUUCAGUAAACAUCAGUUAGUUGCCAGAAUCCAAGCCACAUAUAAAGGCUGCUUGGAAAGGAGAGAAUAUGUGAAGAAACGACAAGCAGCCAUCAAACUGGAAGCAUACUGGCGCGGAGCCCUGGCCCGGAUGGAGACCCACAGGAGAAAGUGGGCCGUACAGGUUGUCAGAAAAUUCAUCAAGGGCUUCAUCCACCGCCACCGGCCCCUGUGCCCUGACAACGAGCAGUUCGUCGUGCUUGUACGCAAGAAUUACAUCUUGAAUCUGCGCUAUCACAUCCCCAAGACCGUGCUGGACAAGAGCUGGCUGAGACCUCCGGGCAUUCUGGAAAAUGCUUCCACUUUGCUCAGAAAGAUGUGCAUGAGGAACCUGGUGCGGAAGUACUGCCAUGGUGUCACAGCAGAGUGGAGAGCGAUGAUGCAGCAGAAGGUGAUCACCAGUGAGAUAUUCAGGGGCAAGAAAGAAGGCUAUGCAGAAAGCUUGAGUCAGCCUUUCGCCGACAGCCGGAUAGAUGAAGGAGACAUUAACCCCAAGGUGCUUCAGCAAAUUAGCAACGAGAACAUCCAGUACGGUAUCCCAGUCAUUAAAUAUGACAGGAAAGGCUUCAAGGCGCGCCAGCGGCAGCUCCUCCUGACUCAGAGGACGGCUUACGUGGUGGAACUCGCCAAAAUCAAGCAGAAAAUCCAUUACUCAGCACUCAAAGGCAUCUCCACCAGCAACCUGAGUGACGGAAUCUUAGUUAUCCACGUCUUGCCUGAGGACAGCAGGCACAAGGGCGAUGUCAUCCUGCAGUGCGAGCACGUGUUCGAGGCCGUCACUAAGCUCGUCAUGCUGGUUAAGAAUGAGAACCUUGUCAACAUCGUCCAAGGAAGUUUACAGUUUUAUAUCAGUCCUGGAAAAGAAGGCACAAUAGUUUUCGACACGGGACCAGAAGAACAAAUCUAUAAAGAUAAAAACGGACAGUUAACAGUGGUGAGUGGCUGGGCUUGGGGAGAGGUGUCGGUGCGGAGCAAGUCCUGA